GUGUCGCGCGCCGAGGCUGGGGGGGAGUCGUCGCCGCCGCCGCCACCGCUACCGCCGCCGCCGCCGCCGCCGAGGUGACUGAGGAGAGAGGCGCCUCCUCGCUCCCGCCGCCGCCGGACUUCAAUGCCCAGUCCCCAGCUCGCCAGCGUUUUUCGUUGGAAUAUACGUUGCACAUUUAUGGCGAUUCUGAGCGUGAGGGCAGACUUCUGCCAGGCUCAGCACAGCGUUUUCGCUGACAAGUGAGCUUGGGGCUUCUAUGUGCCAUAAUUAACAUUGCCUUGAAGACUCUGGACACCGAGACUGGCCUCAGAAACAGUUGGCUUUUUUUUUUUUUUUUUUUUUAUUGCAAGCAUAUUUCUUUUAAUGACUCCAGUAAAAUUAAGCAUCAAGUAAACAAAAGUGGAAAGCAACCUACACUUUUAACUUGUCUCACUAGUGCCUAAAUGUAGUAAAGGCUACUUCAGUUUUGUAUGUAGUUGGAAUUUUUGGAGUCCGAAGGUAUCCAUCUGCAGACAUUGAGGCCCAAGUUGAAUUUGGAUUCAAGUGGAUUCUAAAUACUUCUGCUUACCUUGAAGAGAGAAGCUUCUUAAAGAAUAAACAAGUUGAAUAGAGAAAACACUGAUUGAUACUAGGCAUUUUAGUGGUCUUUUUAAUGUUUUCUGCUGUGAAACAUUUCAAGAUUUAUUGAUUUUUUUUUUUCAUUUUCCCCAUCACACCUACACACGCACGCUCACACUUUUUAUUUGCCAUAAUGAACCGUCCAGCCCCUGUGGAGAUCUCCUAUGAGAACAUGCGUUUUCUGAUAACUCACAACCCUACCAAUGCUACCCUCAACAAGUUCACAGAGGAACUUAAGAAGUAUGGAGUGACAACUUUGGUUCGAGUUUGUGAUGCUACAUAUGAUAAAGCUCCAGUUGAAAAAGAAGGAAUCCACGUUCUAGAUUGGCCAUUUGAUGAUGGAGCACCACCCCCUAAUCAGAUAGUAGACGAUUGGCUGAACCUGUUAAAAACCAAAUUUCGUGAAGAGCCAGGUUGCUGUGUUGCAGUGCAUUGUGUUGCAGGACUGGGAAGGGCACCCGUGCUGGUUGCACUUGCUUUGAUUGAAUGUGGAAUGAAGUAUGAAGAUGCAGUUCAGUUUAUAAGACAAAAAAGAAGGGGAGCAUUCAAUUCCAAACAGCUGCUUUACCUGGAGAAAUACCGACCUAAGAUGCGAUUGCGUGUCAGAGACACCAAUGGGCACUGCUGUGUUCAGUAGAAAGAAGUGUAAACGAAGGCUGACUUGAUUGUGCAUUUAGAGGGAACUCUUGGUACCUGGAAAUGUGAAUCUGGAAUCUUAACUGUGUCACCAAAGUAGCGAUGGAUUCAGUACUCCUCAACCACUCUCCUAAUGAUUGGAAAAAAGCAAAAAAGAAAUCCCUCUAUAACAUGAAUAAAAUGUUUAAGAAAAGAAAAAGAGAAAGAAAAAAGGGAUUAAUUCAGUGAAGGAUGAGUUUGCUCCUAAUUGUUGGAGUUUGAAUUUCUGUCAGAAUUGAAUUAUAUCAAAAUCCCCUGUCUUUUUUAACUUUUCAAACUAGGUCUCUAAGGAAAACCAGCAGAACAUUAGCCUGUGCAGAACCAUCUGUUUGGGGAGCACACUUUUCCAUUAUGCUUGGCACAUAGGUCUCCCUGUUGUGGGACUUUCUUUCUUUCUUUUUCUUUUUGGUGGUGGUGGGCGUAUAUUUUUCUCUUCUCUUCUUUCCCCAUCCCCCCCACCCCCCACCCCCGAUACAAGUUGUAGAUGGAAUAGGAGAAGCCCUUGUUGCUGUAGACGUGUGUGCAGUCUGGCAGCCUUAAGCCCACCUGGGCACUUUUAGAAAAAACAAACAAACAAAAAACCAACAAAAAAAAAGAAACAAAACACACA